AAAAAAGGAGUAAAAUUCACAGACGGCAUCACUGGGUAAUGCGUUUGUACAAUUUGGCGCUUAAUUUCGUUCACCCCUUUUUUGAAUUUUGUCUAUGCGCGGCUGACGUUCAAGUUAAUGAAAAAUGCCGCGAUGCGCAUCGGCGGAUUCUGUCUUCAACUCCCGCCCAAAGUGAACCGCUUAUCAUCGUUUUUUCCAAACUUAACUCGAGCGUGUUUUUCCUUAAAAAGUCGACGAAAGUGAUUGAAAUAUCGCUGGAUUUUCUGAUAGGAGUUUAUUUUAAUAAGUUUUAACGACGCUUUUUUCUCGACAUGGCAUCGGCGAUCGGUCCGGAGAAGCUGGGUGCAAACGGAAAGAAACCUUUUACGGUGUUCAUCGAAGGUAACAUUGGUAGCGGUAAAACUACCUUCCUGAACCAUUUCCAGAAAUUUAAGGACCGAGUUUGCCUGCUCACUGAACCCGUUGAAAAAUGGCGCGACUGCGGAGGAGUUAAUCUGCUAGAUCUGAUGUACAAGGAACCCCAUCGAUGGGCGAUGCCUUUCCAGACCUACGUGACGCUGACCAUGCUGAACAUGCACACGAAUCAAACAGAGAAAAGUGUUAAAUUGAUGGAACGCUCCAUGUUCAGUGCAAGGUACUGUUUCGUGGAAAGCAUGCUUGCCAGCGGUAGUUUACACCAAGGAAUGUACAACAUAUUGCAGGAGUGGUAUGAAUUUAUUUAUGCCAAUAUUCAUAUACAGGCAGAUCUGAUUGUUUAUUUGAGAACUAGUCCAGAAAUAGUGUACGAUCGGAUGAUGAAACGUGCACGCUCUGAAGAAAGUUGCGUUCCCCUCAAAUAUCUACAAGAACUUCAUGAGUUGCAUGAAAAUUGGCUCAUUCAUGGAGCCUUCCCGCGAGCUGCUCCCGUGUUGGUGCUAGAUGCAGACUUAGAUUUGAAUAAUAUCGGAUCUGAAUAUAAGCGAUCAGAAACGAGUAUUCUCAAACCAAUUUUGAUUGAGAAUACUAAUCAACAUCCAAUCCUUGCAUCACCAAGUAAAAGAACGAGAACUGAAUUGUGAAGAAAGACACACAGCGAGCUACUGGAGAGAAUGAAACGGAAUAUUGUGUGCUAUAGUUUUAAAUUUUCUACUUGUAACGUUUGAUUAAGAAAUGGUUUAAGUUUAUAACUUACAUCACAGUACUGAAAAUUAACUAUUUCAUUGAAAGGUUUGUCAUCAGCAACACCGAAUAAAUAGAGACCAAAGGAAAACAGAAAUAUCUCGACGAAAAAUCGCACUAUCCCGAUAUCCAAUAGAAAAGGAAAAUUUAAAAAAAUCAGCUUUCUAAUAUGGUAUCUCCAAAAUUAAAAUAGUUACAAGCCAUAGGUUUUGCGAUCGCGAGAUCCAACCAUUGGAUAUACUAAAUUCAAAUUCUACAAUAAUAAUUGGUGUUUAGUAGUAGUAUUAUCGUAAUCAACAAAUUAAUCAAUAAGCUUCUGUUUGAUAUGUAGUUUUAAAAUGACUUGGAUUAACCGACAGAAAUGAACAUGUUUCAUUCCUGCCUAGCUUAUAGAUUAGCCUAUAAAUUAGAAAUUCUAAUUACAUUGUACUAAAUUAUUCGAUUUUUUUUCGUAACCGUAUCUGCAACAAAUAAGGCCAAUUGUUUACAUUGAUUCGAUCUUAUAUUUGUAAUCCAUUUUGUGUACCACGUUUCAUAUAACGCAAUAUAAUAAAAGUAAGGCUAUUUCAUAACAUGCGUUAAUGUUAGUUAUCAGAUAUAUCUUAUUUAAUGUCUUAAUUCGAACUCAAAUUACAAGAUAUUACCGAAUAAACUUCUUAUUUGUAGUAUAA